GCAGCUCUACAACACACAGCAAAACAAAGUACAGUCUGAUUUAUCAGGAUCACUGGACAGUCUCACAGCAGACAUGGGCUGGAAUGAGACUCAGCUGUUCAGCAUUAACGACACACUGGAAGAGAUGCAGUCUGUCCUCUGGGAAGAAUUAUCGAAUGAAAGUGCAGAACCACCUUUUGAUAUCAUUGCUAUUGAUCCUCCACUCAUUAGAUUACAUCAUGAGGUGAACUUCACCAAAACGAGUGAAGACAUGCCUUCAGUAAAAGGAAACCUCACCACCGUCUUCCUCACCAUCGUUUACAUCUUCGUCUUCAUUGUGGGGUUGCCCACCAACGCCAUGGCCCUCUGGGUGUUCCUCUUCAGGAAGAAGAAGAAGCAUCCAGCGUCCAUCCUACUGGCCAAUCUAGCGCUGGCUGACCUGCUCUUCAUCGUGUGGCUCCCACUGAAGAUCACCUACCACUUCAACGGCAAUGACUGGACCUUCGGGGAGCCGCUGUGUAAAGUCCUAGUGGGGUUUUUCUACGGGAAUAUGUACUGCUCCACUAUCUUCAUAGCCUGCAUCAGCGUCCAGCGCUACUGGGGGAUUGUCCACCCACUUUCUAGAAAAAAAACAAACAGCCGUGCAACUGUCUGCAUCUCUCUUUGUGUGUGGGUUGUAGUCUGGCUCCUCACCAUACCGCUCUAUAUGUAUCAGCAGACUGUUAAAGUCACCAAUCUGAUGACCACCUGCCAUGACGUAGUUUACCGAAACCAGUUAGAUUUUCCUAUUGGAUAUUUCCUCACUAUGGGCAUUGUGGGAUAUGUAGUUCCCUGUGUGGUGUGCAUAGUGGCAUAUUUCCUCAUAUUCAAGUCCCUCAGGAGCUCUUUUACAAAGACCAGUGGCAACAAGAAGAAAAGGAAGGCUGUAAUCCUGAUGGUCAUUGUUCUGGUGAUGUUCCUGGUCUGCUUCACUCCCAAUAACAUCAUGGUGAUGGUGCAUUUCUCUCUGCUGGCUCGAGGGAUCGAGAAUGACACUCAUGGCUUGUACAUCAUCACACUGUGCCUGUCCAGCCUGAACAGCUGUCUGGACCCAUUUGUGUAUUAUUUCAUCUCAGAUGAGUUCAGAGAUCAUGUGAAGAACACGCUGAUGUGUCACAGUGCACGUUCUGCUGAGAGGAUGAAGGUGGCCUUCAGACCUUUGAAGGUCUCCACAGAAUCUUCAUCGUAGGAAACAGCACCUGUGGAAGUGUACCUGCACAAUGCAAUCUUCACUGGUACUCAGCAGCGUUAACAUUCUCCAAGAACUUUCAAAAGUACUCCGUAUUCAGAUACUGCAGAAUACAUUGACAUGCCAAGAGCCGAGGGGCAGCAGUUCAUAGUUUGAUGUUGAAGGGGAUGACUUGUUUAAGUUGUGUAAUCAUGUGAGGUUGAACUCUGGCCAGCAAGGCAUGCUAGUGGGUGGCAGACGGAUGGUAAAUUCCAUUUCCCAAGUUGUGUGGGCAUUUAACAUUCCUCAAUCCACAGUGUCACUUACCGGGAUUACAUCAUAGAAGGCAUUAUUACCUACAGUGGACAGCAUAGCAGCCGCCCAUAGGAUCAUGACUGGCAACACCUGGCUAGAAUUGUCUGUUCAAACAGACAAGCAACUCUGGUCGUGUUCAAUAACUUCCAUAGGAUACAGGAGCAGGAGGUCCACUACGCUGCCUCUGGUAAUACCAUAACACCAAACACCUCACCUGGGCUUGUUCUUAACAUGAUCCUAGAGGACUGUCAACAUGGCGUUUGGUCCAAUGAAUCAUGAUACCGGUUGUUUCAGGCUAAUGGUGGGGUUCAUGUGUAGUGCAGACCCCAUUAAGCCUCGUUGUCAACAAGACUCUGCGCAGACUGGUGGUGGGGUAUGUUCCCAUGGCACAGGUUGGGUCCUCUGGUCUGCCUGAAUUUAUCAUCAACUGUUUAUCUGCCUGGUGACCAUUUGUAGCCCUUUAUGGACCUCAUGUACACCUACAAUGAUGGGAUAUUCCAGCAGGAUAAUGCACCAUGCCAUCAGGCCCAGGUUGUCCAGAAUUGGUUUAAGGAAUCAUUCUGGAGAGUUCUGGCAAUUGAUGGGCCAAUCAAGCAUUUAUGGCAGGUCCAGUCACACGAGACAUCCUACAAACACCACAGUUCUAUGGUGGCUGUUAAGACAGAAUGUCUCCACAUAUCUCUAGACAUCUUCUGUCCAGUUAUGGAAUCAUUGUCAAGUUGUUGCACUUUGCCAGGCUAGAAGGGGUCCUACACGGUCCUGGUUUCUGUUCCAUGACUUUUGCCAUGUCAAAGUAUAAUACCAUACACCACGUACUAUAUCAUAAACAAAUGUUGAAACUGAGAAAUGUUAUCAUUUGUUAUAGAAUUUCAGCUGCUUAUCAGUUUCAGGGUCUCCAAUGUCAUAUUUUUCAUUUGAUAAUGUGUCAGAUGUUCUCAGUGGUGACCGGUCUGGACU